UAAGGUGGGGGUGGAUGGGUGGGGGGCUGACAUUAAAAUCCACUGACCCUGCUGACGUUCUCAUCUUGUCCGGGAUGUUUAGCGAAGCAGCCUUUGAUGGCAACUUAUUGUGGUCAAGGGGUAAGAAAGCAUCUCAAACAAGUGGAUUAAGUGAGAGAGAGAGAGAGCGAGAGGUGGAUGCGAGUGUAUACGUACGCGUAUGUGUGUGUGUGUGUGAGAGAGAGAGAGCAGGAGACGGAGAGAGAAUGCGAGAGGACUGAGAGCGUGGGGGGUGUUUGAGUUGCUGCUGCUUGUGCCGGUGAAGAGGAAAUAAUCACAGUGUUGCUUCCUCAUGAAUUAUUAAGAAGCCCCCCCAGCCUCUUUUAGCUUGAGCCAAAAUGCUGCAUUUUCAUCUGUGUCUAUAAAGCAAAGAAGAGGUCUGUUGUGUGUUUUUCUGUUAUUGUUGUUUGUUUCCCUAGGUGUAUCACAGCUGGUAAGCAAGACUCGUAAGCGUGCCGAACAAGUGCUCAGAUGAGCAGUCCGAGCGCAGCACCACGAGCAUCAGCACAGGAGAGCUGAAACUGAGAGACAGAGGCAGUUCCCUCCACUGCGCGCGACAGUAACGGCCGCUCUCGCUCUCGCUCCGCAUGCCUUUUUUUCCCUUGUUUUCUUUCUGGAGUUGAGAUCUUGUUCGUCAGAGCAACGGGAGUUAGUGGAAACUGGGGCUCCAAGCUGUUAUCCAAGCAUCCCAAACGCAGACCUGGCUGCCCACAUGCCGAUCGAAUUUGUUUGCAAAAUCAAAUUUGCAGAGGAGGAUGAGAAGCAGAAAGGCAACCAGGAUGGGGACAAAGAGAGCCUAAUCGAGGAGAGCUGCAGCCCCCCAGCCAAGGACCUGGCCGGCUUUGCCAAUGCCAGCUCGCUCCAUGGGAUUAACCACAUCUUUGUGUCGGGCCGGCUGGGAGUCAGACAGACCCUCUGGGCUCUCGCGUUUCUGGUGUCCCUGGCUCUCUUUCUGUACCAGGCGGCAAAGUGUGCCAUCUCCUACCUGGAGCAUCCUCACGUCACGGCGCUGAACGAGGAGGCCACCCCGGAGAUGGUGUUCCCCGCCGUGACCAUCUGCAACAUCAAUCGCUUCCGCUUUUCUGCUCUUACUGACGCCGACAUCUACCACCUGGCCAACCUGACCGGCUUGCCCCCCAAAAACAAGGACGGCCACAAGCCCACCGAUUUGGAGUAUCCGGCGCCGGACAUGCAGGACAUCUUCAACCGGACGGGUCACCAGCUGGAAGAGAUGCUGAAGAGCUGCAACUUCAGCGGACAGAACUGCUCGGCCGAAGACUUUACAGUGGUCUACACAAGAUACGGGAAAUGCUAUACUUUCAACGGCAACAAAUCAACCUCCAGGAAGACAAAGCAAGGAGGGAUGGGAAACGGGCUGGAGAUUAUGUUGGAUAUCCAGCAGGAUGAAUAUCUGCCUAUCUGGAAAGAGACAAACGAAACCUCUUUAGAGGCAGGAAUCCGUGUUCAGAUCCACAGUCAGGAUGAGCCGCCCUACAUCCAUCAGCUGGGCUUUGGAGUCUCUCCGGGAUUCCAGACCUUUGUAUCUUGUCAAGAACAAAGGUUGACCUAUCUGCCCCAGCCAUGGGGGAACUGCCGCUCCACCAGUGAGCAGAUGAUCCCGGGUUACGAUACCUACAGUAUCAGCGCCUGCCGCCUGCGCUGCGAGACUCUUGAGGUUCUGCGUGAGUGCAACUGCAGGAUGGUGCACAUGCCGGGAGAUGCCGAUAUCUGUACUCCCAGCAAUAUCAAAUGUGUGGACAAAGCACUUGCAUUGCUACAGAAAAGUUCAGGUGACACAUGCUCCUGUGAAACACCCUGUAACCUGACCCGUUAUGGUAAAGAGCUGUCCAUGGUUAAAAUCCCCAGCAAGGGCUCGGCUCGCUACCUAUCUAGAAAAUAUGACAAGUCAGAAGACUACAUCAGAGACAACUUCCUUGUUUUGGACAUUUUCUUUGAAGCUCUAAAUUAUGAAACAAUAGAACAGAAAAAAGCAUAUGACGUUGCAGGAUUAUUAGGGGACAUUGGCGGGCAGAUGGGACUUUUUAUAGGAGCCAGCGUUCUUACCAUCUUGGAGAUUCUGGAUUAUGUAUAUGAGGUGAUCAAACACAGGUUGGAGCGUUUGCUCAGGCCACAGAGAGAUGACAAAAAGCAAACCCAGCAGCAGCAACAGGCCAGCACAGUCGCCACAGUAAACCUGGAGGAAAUGAAAACUAAGAGCCUGGCGAAGCCGAAGAACCCCCCCUUCUGCUAAUCGUGGAACGAUGGAGCGGCUUAUAUGGUGCAAGACAUCUUGGACUUCUGACGCCGUGGUGGUCACCUACCUGUUAUGCUUACCUCAGGGACUCUGCUAACGUCUACUUACCUGUCUCCAGCGUUCUCCGUGAUUCCUAGUGUCUCCUCGUCUCCUGUGAGUGUCAUUGUGUCUCGUCUGCUCCAUGUCUGGCUGCAUCCACGAUCCCUGGGAAAGAUAAAGACAAGUAUCAGAUCCAGUAUCAUCUUCAGUCACGAACUUAACCGGCUUUCACUCACCUGCAGUCUGCUCGUCAUCUCUGGUUGUUCAAUAAACUCAAUCUUAACUAUACCUGUGUCUCCGUCCCUUUCUGUAUGUAACAUGGGGUCAGUAAGAUAUUUUUAAUAUAAAUUAAUGCUUUUAUUUGUUAAGAAUACAUUAAAGAGAUCAAAAGUGACAGUAAAAACAUUUAUAAUGCCACAAAAGAUUUCAAAUAAAUGCUGUUCUUUUAAACUUUAGAAUACUGAAAAAAAAAUUGUACUACAGUUUCCACAAAAAUAUGCAGCAGCACAACUUCAGUUUUCCACAUAAUAAUAAAAAGAAAUGUUUCUUGAGCAGCAAAUCAGCAUUAGAAUGAUUUCUGAAGGAUCAUGUGACAUGGAAAACUGGAGUAAUGAUAUUGAAAAUUCAGCUUUACUGAAUGUGCUGAUUUGGUGUGUAUAUCUUUAAAUGCAAAUAAGCUUGUGUUCCCCGACCCAAUGCAUGUGAUUCCUAUACACUGAGGUGUAAACAAUACAGGAGAAGCUCACACAGCAGAUAUAACUGUGCAAAUCCCAGUCCAGUCUCAUUAGAAAAUGUACCUGUGGGAACAUUUUUGCAAAACGAAAAUAUGUAGUGCCAUGUACGUUUCGUGACAGUUUCAAUGUGAAAUGUCCACUGAGUGGCGCUAAAAGCGUGUUUUUUUCUGAAACAGAUGAACGUGAAUAUGGUACGUUUUUAUUACAUUGGUUUUAUACGUAUCACCGCAGUUCUGAUUUGAAAUGUCUGGUGAGUGCUAAUGCUCCAUUACAUUUAAAAAUAACUUUACACCUACUUUACAAAAGCAAACGUGACAUAAAAAGCAUUUUAGCUUGCUUUUGAUCUCUCAUCUUUGAGCACUUUUACCAUGACUCAUCUUUCACGGGAUUCGUACCCAAACCUUCCGCAUUCUAAAUACAACUCUGUAUCAACUGAGCUACCGAGCAAACUUUUUAUGUCAGAAAAACAAAACAUGAAAUGUAUUUGUUUACAAAUAGUGCACUUUGGUAAAAGCAUUUUGAGAUCAUAACAUAAUAUUGUGCAUGAAGAUGUGAAAACAAGUCUUUAUUAAUCCAUAAUCUGACCCUGUAAUCAUAAUUGUGUAUGAAAACGAUUUAAAGUGCUUGCUGUUUUACUGCCUCUAGUGUUCAUUUCUGCUGGAAACUGCAGUGAUAUAUACGUAUCGGUACGUAUUUUGCGACUUGCAAAAAUGUUCCCACAAGUACGUCUUUCCAUGAGACCAGGUUGGCAAAUCCUGUGUUUUACUGACCCUCGUGUGCAAAGCAGUCUGGUGUAAAAUGACUUGCACUUCUCUAAAAUGAGUGCUGCUGUCCUGCAGAGUUUUGCUCCGACACAACUCAUCUUCCUUCAGGUAGCUUUAGUAAUCCUGAAGAGAUUCAAGUGUGUUUGAUCAGGGUUGUUACUGGUGCGCCGUUGUCGCUUGCAAAAAAACGAAAUGGUGGUGCCGUGGGUGGAAACACACAGAUUAAGGAUAGAGUAUUAUAAUAAGAUCCCCUUCCUACGUCACAAAGGGACCGAAAUCUGAGUGGCUCGUUUUUUUCACAUGGUUGCAGAGAAAGGCUUACCAAAACAAAGUUACUGGGUUGUCCUUUUUCACAGGAUUUUUUCUGGGUUGGUAGAUCCGCCGGAGACCCAAUUAUAGCACUUCAUAGAAUCAUAGAAAAAGUCUGAUUUUAUGUCCUCUUUAAAAUAUACACAAAAUUACUAUUUUUACUGUAUUUUUUUUAUCAAAUAAAUGCAGCCUUGGUGAACAUUAAAGACCUCUUUCAAAAACAUUAAAACAUUUUUUACUGUUCAAGUAGAACGUAGUGUAUAUAGUUUUUUUCUGAAAGUUUCCAUGGGCCUUCUUUACUCCCUGAGGAUUUCCAGACCCCUGUUUAAAAAUCCCUGUGCUGGCAUGUCUUUGGUGACAAGAUUUUGGAAAGGAAGUUGAAUAGAUGGGGGCUGCCUAUUUCAGUAUAAUCAGAAGCAUCUGAAAUUACUUACAGAAAUGUUAAUUCAUAGCAGUCUAUAAGUGUCACUACAUGUCAGAUGCUGUCUUUAAUCACUGUACUUUUGCCACCGUUUUAUAGAUGAAAUAAACCACUUAAGACCAUGUAUAACAGUGAAUUUAUUAUUGUCAAAGGGGUUUAACUAUGAUAAACCACUGUAACUCUCAGCCUCGAGUGGCUUUUUCUUUAUCACAC